GGAUAGGGUACGAGCAAGAAGUCUGCUAAAAUUUGAGUCAGCUUUGAAACAGCAAGACCUCCACGCUUGAGGGCGCUGUAACACUUUACUCAUCACGAAGCCCCCAAAAUACAGUCGUAUCCAGGACAAUGAAGAAACAGCUGCCCAAACCGUGAUGGAUCUGUUUGAAAGUAACGAACCCCGAAGCUAUUUUAAAUCGGAGCGAAAUUCUGAAGUUUCGGCUAGACGAUUGCCCUGGGCCCGCUUCUCAUCCUGGCUCGAGUGUGUCUGCGUUGUCACCUUCGACCUGGAGCUCGGGCAGGCCAUUGAGCUCGUAUAUCCACAUGAGGUUAAACUGACAGAAAAAGAGAAAACAAGCAUAUGCUACUUGUCUUUUCCAGAUUCGUAUUCAGGUUGUCUUGGGGAUACCCAAUUCAGUUUCCGGGUCCGUCAGUCUGUGGGACGAAAGACAUUAUGGUUUCAUGAGGAGAAUGCAUAUAACAGGGAGGCACCAGUGGUGCUGAAGAGGGAUACAGCACAUUACUAUGGAUAUGUCUACUUCAGGCAAGUUAAGGACGUUUCUGUGAAGAGAGGAUAUUUUCAAAAGUCUCUUGUGCUGAUUUCCAGACUCCCCUUUGUGAAUCUAUUCCAAUCCCUGUUGCAGCUCAUUGCACCCGAAUACUUUGAGAAGCUAGAGCCUUGUCUGGAGGCAGUGUGCAAUGAGAUUGAUCAAUGGCCUGCUCCAAUCCCUGGACAAACUCUGAACCUGCCAGUGAUGGGAGUGGUUAUACAGAUGAGAAUUCCCUCAAAGAAUGACAAACCAGGAGCCAGUCCUCUUAAGCAAUCCUGUCAGGAGAAUUUGUUGCCAGCACCUAUGAUUCUGCCUACAGUCCAUGAACUGGAUCUGUUCAAAUGUUUCCAGCCGAUCCUGAUUCAUAUUCAGAUGCUCUGGGAGCUGAUGUUACUGGGAGAGCCAAUUGUUGUCAUGGCGCCAUCUCCUACUGUAUCCUCAGAAACUAUUCUUGCGCUCACCAGUUCUAUUUCCCCAUUAAAAUACUGCUGUGACUAUCGCCCCUACUUUACAAUUCACGACAGUGAAUUUAAAGAGUACACAACCAGGACACAAGCACCGCCCAAUGUUGUCUUGGGGGUGACAAACCCUUUCUUCAUCAAAACCUUCCAAUACUGGCCCCAUAUCAUCCGCAUAGGAGAUCUGAAAAUGUCUGGUGACUUGCCUAAACAAGUAAAAGUGAAGAAACUUACAAAGCUGAAGACGCUAGAUACAAAACCUGGGGUCUACACAGCUUAUAAAACAUUUCUUCACAAGGACAAGACACUUAGCAAAAGACUUUUAAAGGGGAUUCAAAGGAAGCGACCAUCGGAGGUACAGAGCGCCAUCUUGAGGAGACACUUACUGGAGCUCACUCAGAGUUUCAUAAUACCUUUGGAACGUUACCUGGUGAGUUUAAUGCCACUGCAAAGAGCUGUAAUUCCAUGGAAGAACCCCCCCCAAAUCAGACCCUUCAGUCAGGACGAGUUUAUGAGGACACUUGAACAUUCAGGACCUCAACUUACCUCUGUUCUCAAAGGGGACUGGAUUGGGCUUUACAGCCGAUUUUUCAGGUCACCAAACUUUGAUGGCUGGUAUCGCCAGCGGCACAAGGAAAUGACCCAGAAACUGGAGUGCCUUCACUUAGAGAUUAUAUGCGAGGCUGAUCUGUUGGCGUGGAUUAAAGAUAAAUCUGAAGUUGAGAUUGUGGAUUUAGUACUGAAACUACGGGAGAAGCUGGUUAAAGCCCAUCAUCAACAGCUCCCUGUCAGAGAGGAGGUGCUCCAGAAGCUAGAGUUAUACAUUGAGACCAUCAUCAGCUCCCUGCCUGAAGACUUACAGGUUGUUCUUCAUCGCCACUGACAAAACAUGACGAGAAAUAGUAUCUCCUUUAUUUACAGAAGUGUAAAAAAAAGUGCCCUGUUCUAAAAGGGUCCCGUCCCGUCCCCCCUCCACUGUUUUUCAAACAGUUUAAGUCUUUGAUUUUCUUCAAAAAAUGAUAACUACAGUUAAAUAUAUUUAUUUAUUAUUUUUCUAUAAUUUAUUUAUUUAUGUAUUUAUUUAUUAAAUUAUGAAUUCAUUCUUCCACAUAAAUUGUAUGUAAACUCCUGUUUUGACUUUAUGUAUUGAAAGUGUUCUACCAGAUGUCUUCUUUUAAAAGACAGAUAUAAAACAAAAUCCAGAAAACAACAUGGGCAUAGUUUUGUAAACAUCCUACUUGAUGCAGGAAAGGAUACAACAAAAAUGAACAUCCUUUUUGUGGAAUUGCCGUUUACAGACAGUAAGAAGGAAUAUCAUAGCAUCAGCUUUUAACAGCAGUAUACAUUGUAUCAUAUUGAUUAAAGGCAUACUAGUAAAUACUAACAGAAGUGGACUGAACCAUUCACAUUAGCUUACAUAAUUGCUUUGUUCAUUUUACACAGUCAUGAAAGGCGAGUUAAAGCUAUUUUGAGAAGUAAGAUUUUACAGAAACAGUGUUAAAAAGUAAAAUCAGAAAACGUUGUGCAGUUGUAUAACAACCCCCUCUUUUUGCCAACUUUGUAUACGUUUUAGAUGCAUCCACAUUUUAGAUGUUUGGCUUAUUUUGGCAUAACUUUACAUUGAUUGCUAAUAUAGCCACCGGACACACAAAAUAGUAAAUCUCUUGGCUAGUGAACAAGUCACUUUUUUUCUAGCGUUGUUGGAUAUAACGCAACAAUAAUUACAAUAAUUUUAUCAUUUUGGUUAUUUUGUACUUCAGUAGUUUCCGUAACACUGGUAAAAUCUUUUUCAAUUAUUUUUUUUUUUUUUUUUUUUUUUUUUUUUUAAUAAAUACAUUAUUAAAUUUCCCAUCAAUAUUUUACACAGCUGAUGCACGUUUUAUACAAGGAUCACAGUAUACAAUAAUUAAGUUAUAAAAGACAGCACAAUCAUACCACAUUAUACACAAAAUGAAAAACACAGACCAUUAAUAUGAAGCUGUUAAAGGUGUACUUUAUAUUAUCUACAAUUUUGUAAUGUUUAAUGCCUUAUCAUUUUAAUAUGCUGGUUUUGUAAUGAUUCUCUUGUUUGUGAUUAGAUCAUUAUUUGCAGUUGUUGCUAACUAUUCCUGCACAAGUUGCUUCUGAAAAGACAGUAUACCCUGCUCGAAAACAAGAAGUGACGUACGCUUAUUUAAUGCUCCUUACAUGUUUGGCAUAGCCACUUAUUCACAGUGUGCCACAUAAAAAAAUAUGCGCUUGAAGCACUGAAACUGUAACUUAAUUUACUGAUGUAACUGUAACUCAGAGUGUUGCAAGAGCAAAUACAGUACAAUAUACUGAGGGGUGAGCAAUCAAGAUAAGAUUCUGUUUAGUGUUUUGUCUAAAUGGUGGUGGUGGAGGGGGGGGGGGGGGGUGUUAAUAAUCCAAAUUUAGUAGUAUUGCCCACCCCCAUUUAGAAAUGUAUUUUCCAUUUUAGGUUUUUGAGUGAGGGAAGGGAAAUCCAGCUAUUUUUAAUAUGUUAAUCCUUAGGAAUGGAAUGUGGACAUUCAUCAGAAGACAUAAUGUAUUACCAUUUCCCAGCUAAUCCAUUCUCAGCACAGUAAUGUCAUUUUCAUCAUCUAGCCUAGCUGUUGCUAGAAUCAGGUAAGAAAGGUCAGAAUGAAGGCACACUCCAGCUUUCUUCAGGUGGGAUUUGAACUCCCCUCAAGAUUAGUAUUCCCCUCAAGUAUUCUGAAAACAAACUUUAAAUGUAUAGUAGUGUAAAACAGUUGAACGUAGAUCUGUUUGAAAUGGGCAAGUUUCAUAGAUAUUGUAGUUUUAAUCCAGACUGACAUUAAUAGUGCAGAAUAAAGCACUGUAUAAAUAAUACAUUAAUAAAAUAAAAGUGAAAACAAAUGUGUAUUUGUGUACCAUGAUAACUAUGGAGAUGAAAAUAUUCUAGAUAUGAUAUGCAAACCAUAUCACUAUGUAUGGUUUCUUUUCAUUUCCACCGUAUUACAGUAAAAUAUAGUAUUUAUUGCACCCAUUAUGUAAAUUUUUUCAUAAAAUAAUCUUUUUGUUUGCACUGUAUCAAAACAUGGCAAAUACAGCUGUAAAUUUGAUUUGAGCAGCGAGACUUUAUAGAAGUUUCAAAGCACAAAUGAAAGUGUUUUACAGUUCUUCAACUAGUACACAGUGAACUGCAUAACAUAAACCCAUUUAAAAUGGUGCCACUGAAAGAUUGUCAAUUUUAGGAUCAGUGCUUUGACCAGAGCAGUAUGCCAUGGCUAACGGAGUUCAGCUGUCUUCCAAGGUGUCAUUGCUAAGCAUAUGUGCAAAGGUUGUCCAGGUGGUGUAAAGAUUGUGAGUGCAAAACAUUGUGAUUUGGGAAGCAACCUUUCCGCAAAUGAAACGUGAAUGCCUUCAUAUCCACAAAGCUGCUGUUUAAUGUUUAUUUUCUUCCACAACUUCUCCACCAGCAGCUUAGCUUCCCAAGUGACAUUUCAGUUCUGUAUGCUGCAUCUUCACCCAAAUAACCACUGCACUUCUGCAAAGUAAUAACACCUUGGCCUGGAUCCCAGAAAAAAGGCGGACACAUUCCCCAAUCAAAACACUGAACUUUAACCAUCUCUGAAACCACAGAAUGGCAUUCCAGUCCAUAGACAAUUGAGCAAUAUGUAUAUUAACUGACACGUUUAAUCAAGGGCAGACAGCCCUUUGAGUGCCGAGUCAUAUUUAUCUGGCU